GCGGGCUUUUCUGUAAAGCAUUUAAACUGAUACAUAAAUACACAGAGUACUGUGAUGAGGCCACCCCUUUUAAGACCUUUUCAAACAACGGCGCUUUGUCGGAUUCUUGCUUUGUGUGACACAGUUAAGCUACAACUGCAGGGAUUAAAUGGAAGCACAUGAUGAUUCAGCCCCGUGAUUUCUCAGUUGGGUCAUGGACUCAGUCAUUUCCUCUCAUUUUCUUUUCUUUGUCUUCUUUCUUCUGACACGGUAGUUCAUUUUCUUCCUUUCUCUUUCUCCCCGCUGCUCUUUCCUUCAGUCCAUCAUGGCAUCCCCGCGGAUGGAGACUUUCUGCUGCCCGAACCGAGACGCAGCGACAGAGUUUGUGGUCACUUUUCAGCCCGUCUUAUUCGGCGCUUUAAGUCUGGGAAGCGCAGCUUUAAGCCUCUUAUUCGCUAUUUUACAAAUUCUACCAAAACGCAAAGGAUACAGAAGACUCGGGCAGUAUCCUCUGCCAAGGCCUGCGUCCUCCUCGCGGAUAUUGUUCAUCAUCAGUAUAUGUGACAUACUGGGAUGCACAGGUGUCAUUGUAAGAUCAUCUGUGUGGCUAGGUCUGCCAAACAUCGUCGACCACAUCUCAGUAGUCAACAACACCGAUGUCUGGCCAGAAGUCUUCUGCGUAGGCAGCGCAAUGUGGAUCCAGUUGUUUUUUAGCGCUUCUUUCUGGUGGACCUUUUGUUAUGCGGUUGACGUCUUCCUGGUGGUGAAAACAUCUGCAGGAAUCAGCACCAUUAUACUCUACCACAUGAUUACAUGGGGCCUGGCUGUGCUGCUGUGUGUUGAAGGAGUGGCCAUGCUGUACUAUCCAUCUAUUUCUGACUGUGAGCAGGGCCUCCAACAUGCUAUUCCUCACUAUGUCACCACAUACGCACCGAUGCUGCUCGUUCUCAUAGCCAACCCUGUGUUUUUUAAUCGGACCGUAUCUACUGUGACAUCUUUGCUGAAAGGACGACAAGGAAUCUAUACGGAAAAUGAGAGACGGCUGGCGAAUGAGAUAAAAAUACGCUUCUUUAAAAUUAUGCUGGUGUUCUUUAUUUGCUGGGUUCCCAACAUCAUUAAUGAGAGCCUCCUCUUCUACCUGGAGAUGCAGACAGACAUCAGUGACAAUAGUUUGAGGAAUAUCAGGAACACAGCGCUCAUCACAUGGUUUAUCAUGGGUAUACUGAAUCCCAUGCAGGCUUUCCUUAACACCCUGGCCUUUCAUGGCUGGACAGGCUUUGACAUUGACUUCAGCCUGCAGCAGAGGAGGGAGCUGGUCUGGGACUCUGUCUCUACUUCAGCAGCUAACAUGACUUCCCAUAACCCUGUGGUGGGAACUACUCUGCUUUACCAGAGUCACGUCCAGGAAUCACAGAAGAACAUGAUGGGAAACGGGCAACAGCACUCUGAUGCCAUCAGCGUCCUCUCAGAAGGUUCAGAGUCUAGUACAGUUGAAAUCCACAUUUCCAGCGAGCUACAAGACUAUGAGGAUGUAGACGCUGACGGAGAAUCCUUGGAGAACUCUGUGAGGCACUAACUGGGGUCGUCCACAAACCACCUUCCUCCACUUUGCUGCACCCAUUGUUUUUGUAGUCACUUUUUUGUAGAUGGUCUCCCAUUAAGCCUUUGUUUUCCUGCUGAGAUUUGAACUGGUCAUGAGUUUCAUUAUUUGGUAUGACAGACUAAGCCUCAUUCCUGAGUCCAAUCCUUUUUUUUUUUUUUUUUUUUUAAAUCCCUCU